UGAUUUUGUACUACCAUGUUUUCGGAUUUCGGAAUAGUCUGGAUCAGUUCGUUCCCCUUGACUGGUUUCGCUGCAGAUGCUACGGAUUUGCUGCAGAAGCUCACCCUGGAUCCCAAGAGCGCAGCCGGGGACGGCAAGGAGGCCAAGAAGAAGGUCUUGGCACCAGCGAACGGUGGGCUGAAUGGCGCGGUGGCAUCUCAGAACCCUCAGGCCCUCUCGGCCGAGCAGUGGGCAACUAUGGGGCAGCAGGAUUACAAGAACGCCGCUGCCGCCAUGUAUUAUGGCGCCGAUGGCUACCCGUAUUACUAUGGAGGUUGGGGUGACUAUUCUGUGUAUGUGAGCCAUGAUGGAACAGAGUCACUGACCCCUGGUGCUUAUGGGGACAUGUAUUGCUAUCCGCAAUAUGGCGCUGCCGCAUCUGGGUACGAUGGGCAGUACUACGGAUCUCAGAAUAACCAGUACCAGUCAACAUAUCACCAGCCACAGACUACUACUGGCAAGACAGCAUACAAGUCUAAAACUGGCAAAUCAGAACCUUCACCCCAGCAGGAUGUUGUUUCUGCCGCUUAUCAGCAACCUGGGUCCGUGGAUGCUUCCAAGGCCAACUCAAACAGCACUGAUGCUGUAAAGGGUCUGAAGAAACCAACGUUCCCCCUGAAACCAAGUGGGCGUUCCACCAGUUACCAGAACUACGGUGACAAGGCAGCUUAUCCAUUGUCUGGCAGUCAUGUUUUCUUAGAUAAAACGCAGAAACCCUCUGCUGGAAAUCCUACGUCGACUGCUUCUAAUCCUAAAACCAAGGGAUUGCUUGGGCCGAACUCAACAAUGGGGCCAGCAUCUACUGGGUACAUGAGUUCAAUGUACUCUGGUAGCGCAAUGUACAAUCCAAAUGCAUAUGGACCUGGCUUUUGGUAUGGGUCACCCCUCUAUGGCUCUGGGGUGUAUGGUGGGUGGAAUGGGCUGUCAGAUGGAAGGUACAAGCCCAGAGGAAAAGCAUAUGGACCAUACCGUUUUGGCAAUGAGAACAUUGAUGGCUUGAAUGAGCUGAAGAGAGGGCCAAGAAGCAAUCUCAUUAAAACCGAGCAGGUCACUGGAGCAGCUGAUGUUGCAGCUGCAAAAGGACAGGAGCUUCCUAACGGUGAUGCUUCGAAAGCUGUUGUGCUGGAUCAGUACAAUAAGGCUGACUUUGUUGAAACUUACUCAGAUGCCAAGUUCUUUGUUAUAAAAUCAUACAGUGAGGAUGAUGUUCACAAGAGCAUCAAGUACAAUGUUUGGGCAAGCACCCCCAAUGGAAAUAAAAAGCUGAACACUGCUUAUCAAGCAGCUAAGGACAAAUCAAGCAAUUCUCCUGUAUUCCUGUUCUUCUCUGUGAACACUAGUGGCCAGUUUGUUGGGCUUGCUGAGAUGGUUGGUCCGGUUGAUUUUGACAAGACAGUUGAAUACUGGCAACAAGACAAGUGGACUGGUUGUUUCCCUGUCAAGUGGCACAUUGUGAAGGACAUCCCCAACAAUUUGUUGAAGCACAUUAUUCUUGAGUACAACGAAAACAAACCAGUGACCAACAGCAGAGAUACCCAGGAGGUUAAGAUUGAGCAUGGCCUUCAGGUCCUUAAGAUUUUCAAGGACCAUGUCUGCAAGACCUCCAUGUUGGACGACUUUGGCUUCUAUGAUAACCGCGAGAAGAUAAUGCAAGAGAAGAAAUCCAAGCGACAGCAGCCGCUGGAGAAGAUUACGAAUGGAAAGCUGCUUGCUACCAGCAACACUGAGAAUCAAGAUGUUGAUGGAAAGCAGGGAGUGCAGGAACUUGCUGUUCUUGGGGAGCAAAAUGCUGUGGUGGAGAACAGCGUGGCGACCGUAGCUGGAAACGGUGUUGCCCCAGCAGAUGCAACCCCAGCAGUGGUUGCAGUUGGCUGUUAAUUUUCGCUGCUCAAGCCAUUUGAGCAUCCAUGCAAGGGAGGACAGCUUAUACAGGGUGCAGAGAGCUGCUGUGGUUGAAGGCAUUCGAGAUUAUGCUUGCUUUGAAGGUUGCAGAAAGUUGCAAGUCUGAGGCGAUUCAGGAUUCAGUUAGAGGCUUUUCUUUUCUUUUCUGGUAAUGUUAUUCUGUAGCAGUAUUUUCUUUUGCUGGAGUCUGGUGCUUUGGGUGGAGGCUAGGAGAGUAGAGCUCAGUUCUUUUUCGGGUGCGAUGUUUUGUGUUAUGAGAUGGCGUUAGGAGUUGUACCUAGGGGUUUCAGAUCUGUAAGUUUUUUUUGCAACCAAAGAUAAUGAUUUAUGGUGCGUCUUUCA